AUGCUCCUCCUACUCUUCGGUGGCGGAGUCAGCUUAGCUGUCUUUCCAACCAUUGUAAGAUCGAUACUGUGAUCGCAUUAUUGAAAAGUUUCAAGCAACCGUCAUCUCCACCAUGAACGAAUCACUCACGAAAGAAUAUGGAAAACACGGCAUAGUCACGGACGCAUGGAACUUUGUUCAGUCACAAUUACGUUGCUGCGCCGUCUUGGAUAAUGGCUGGAUUGCAUACAGGGGGUCCUGGUGGGACCACUCCGUUAAUGUAGAUAUCUUCGCAAUGUCCUCAAAAUUGUCAGGUAAGUGUAAUAUUUUUUUCUGAUUGUCCUCCCAAGAAAAUAGCUAUUUCUACAAACUAGUCCCUAUUUCGUGCUGUUUAACUAUAAUCGACCCCCUAACAGGGUGGCCAACAGAUGUUUACAGAAGUAUCACGCAAUGUCAGAAUUGGCAAUAUGGUCCACCGCGUUUCGAAAAUGGGGCCCAUAACGAUGCUAUUUACUAUCGAGUAAGUAAUAUUUCAAUUUACUCGGCCAGGGUUGUUUCUCGGCAAUCAAAUCUUAUCUAGAGCGAUAUAGUCGACCUAUCGCCGGACUGUCUAUUUUUAUGUUCUUCUUACUGGUGAGUAAAAACUUUUAGUCUUCUCUUUCUUAAACUUUAGUCAGGACGAUCCGUUAUUUGCUCUCAACUCUAACUGCCAAGCCCCUUUCUCUUCCUGAGCAUUUUGCUUACAUCACAUCUCUUGCUCAACAUAACGGGACAUACCUUGAUGUCUGAAAUUGCAUCAUAACGCAAAUAGGAUUUUGACCAAGCACAGGGGACUCAGGGUUGUUCAUAUGUUCAUUUACAUAAGUAUGUAAAACACGAGCGAGUGCGCCCUUCAAACCCUGACAUCGACCUCUGUCUACGUAAAGUGACUUUCUUAUCGGUUUCCUUACCGUAAAUAUGCACAAAUAGUUACAAUAAUCGUCUGAAAACGACGAGUUACGGUUUGAUUAUUACCUGUAAUAAUCCACCAGCCUAUCAACACUGACGAUGUGCUGGCUGAAUCAGUUGAUUCCGCAACAUCAGUGUCCUGGUGCGUGUACCUAACUCCGGCCCACUUUUAUGAUUUGUUAAAUUGAAUAUGACUGAGUCGUCUAGAUGCAUCCAUUUUACCAAGGUGAGAAACGUUCGUGCAACCAUUUCUACAAUACGAACCCAAACAACGCAGUUACAAUGCAUUCUGAAAACAGUUAACCUGUAGUGGCACGUGCAACAGACUUAGUUUACACGGAUUCUUACUUCUUGUACAGAAAACUCGUAAUUUAUCCUUCAGCCGGAACGGCAUCUCACUCAAUCCUUUUCAAAUCGUCGUCCCACUAUUCGCUAUCUUUUUGCGGUGGCCUUGUUUCUAGCUGUCAAAACGCUAUAUAUGAACACAUACCUGACUGUUUGCUCUUUCUGUAAACUGUUUUCUCUAUAUUCCAUAGUUAUUUGCCGUCGUUGUAUCUGUCUUACUGCUGAGAAAUAUGGACAGAAAUAUGAAGCAGAGAAAGGCGCCGAUCUAAGUACUCUCGACCUCAUCCGACCAGGGCUCAAGCAACGUAGUCUUCCAUCUUGA